AUGUCGGCCAUUUGCACCGAAAUCACCACCCAAUGCCCUGUGGAAGCAACCACAUAUGGCUACUAUCCCAAUCUCGGCGGCAACAUCUUUUUCACUGUUUAUUUCGGCUUCCUUGGAGUGUGUCAAUUAGGUCUUGGGAUAUAUUUACGAACAUGGACUUUCCUCGCAGUUCUCAGUAUCGGGACAUUCAUGGAAGCCGCGGGAUACGUGGGACGAAUUCUGAUGCACGACAAUCCAUGGUCAACAUCUGGGUUUCGACUACAGAUCUUCUGUCUGAUACUGGCUCCAACUUUUAUUGCUGCCGGUAUAUACCUUACCCUUAAGCACAUAAUCAUCCAUAUUGGACCCCAAUACUCGCGCAUGAACCCGAAGCUUUUCACCUGGAUAUUCAUCGGGUCUGAUAUCGGAUCUAUUGUUUUGCAAGCAGCUGGUGGAGGCGUGGCCAAUGCAGCCGGAACUGACCAGGUCAUGGUUGAGGUGGGAAAUAAUAUCAUUAUUGCGGGAAUUGCCUUCCAGGUUGCCACGAUGUCUGUGUGUGGGUUCCUAGCGUUGGACUUCUUCAUAGCAUCUAGGAAGCAUCUGCGCGAAGACCUACAGGGACAGGCUGUGACUGAAAAACCCCGACGAAAAGUCUGGUUGGUACUUGCUGCAGAGAUUGCCGCCUAUAUCACAGUUUUAAUUCGGUGUAUUUAUCGGUGA